AUGAAUAUGCAAAUAUCUGUGGUAAUUGAUGAUGAUAAAGGUGAAGAUACGAAAGGAAGCAAUGUCACAAAACAUGAAGGCAAAGAAGAUCACGAUAACAAGAAAGAUGAUAACAGCGGUGAUAUUUUAAAAGAUGAGCAGCACGGUAAAGAUAGUCAUGAAGGGAAGAACAAGAGCGUAGAAGUUGGACAUGAAAAGGAUUCUAGCAAAGAAGAUAAUGAGAAGGAGAGCCAUAAAAAGGAAGGUCAUGCAGAAGGCCAUCAUGGCAAAGAUGACCAGAACAAGGAUCAUCAUAGUGAAAAUGAUCAUGAAAAAAAGGAUGAUCACAAGAGUCAUAGAAAGGAAAAUCAUGAAAAACAAAGUCAUGAAAAGGAUGUAAAAAAUGAAUCCGACAAUAAAGAAGACAAAGUGGUAAAGCAAUGUUUUUAG